AUGAGCUCAUGCAGCAGCAGGGCUCUCACUCUGCUCUCCACGGUGUUUGGGGCAUGCGGGCUACUGUUGGUCGGGGUUGCCGUGGCAACUGACUAUUGGCUACUGAUGGAGGAGGGUAUCGUGCUGCAGCAGAACCAGACCAUCGACGUCAAGAUGGCACUGCACUCUGGUCUCUGGAGGGUGUGCUUUAUAGCAGGUUCAGAGAAAGGUAAAUGUGUGGCGUCCGAGUACUUCACUGAACCAGAGAUCGAGAUCACAACAGAAAACACUGCGAAUAUCCUCAAAAUGGUGCGGACAGCCACGCCCUUCCCCAUGGUGUCUUUGCUCUUUGUGUUUACUGCAUUCAUCCUGAGCAAUGUUGGACACAUUCGCCCACAGCGCACCAUCCUGGCUUUUGUCUCUGGAAUCUUCUUCAUCCUGUCAGGUCUAAGCCUGGUGGUGGGCCUGGUGCUCUACAUAUCCAGCAUAAAUGAUGAGGUGAUGAACAGGCCAAGGGAACCUGAGCACUUCUUUCACUAUCACUAUGGAUGGUCCUUCGCGUUUGCUGCCAGCUCGUUCCUUCUCAAAGAGGGUGCGGGUGUGAUGUCUGUCUAUUUGUUCAUGAAACGCUACGCUGAAGAGGAGAAGUAUCAGCCUCACCCUGCUCUCUACCGCCCCCGUCUGUCAGAGGGCAGCGACUACAGCGGUCAGUUCCUGCAGCCUGACACCUGGCCUCCUCCACACCAGCGCGCCCGCAGCACCUCCGAGCUCUCCAGCGACAUUUCCAUUCAGCUGGCAGAGAGCCAGCAGCCACUUCCGAAACUCAGCGCCCAGCACAGCGUGCCGGCCAUGAGCGCCACUGCCGCCUCCAGUCCUGAAUCUGCAGCUGUAUUUCAGCUUCAGUCGCCGUCACACUUUGCUCACAGUCACCCGCUACACCCGCUGGCACACGGAGUGCCCGGUGAGCCCCAGAGCCUGCCCCUCUCCAUGCCUCCACCCGCUAUGCCACCCCCUCACUACCACACACACAUGCGCAUGAGCGCAUCCCCAUGUUAG